GUUGGGCCCGUGUGCGCCGUUUGAUGGGACGGGCCGACGGACGCACGCGUGUUGUGAUAAAACGCGCGAUUUAACGCUCAUUCGAUAUCCAUUUUUACGGUUAAUUUCGCGUUAAUUCGCCCGUUCGCGAGAUGAUACGCUCCGCUUCGCAGCGAAGCUCGGCCGAUCCGCGUCGUCGCGUCCCGCUCGCUCGCUCGCCGAGAUAUCCCCUGGCUUAACCUACAAGGGUACCUGGCGCGAGGACCUUUCGCGUUUGCACGUUUCAAGAAAACUGCACAAUUACGUAGGAGUUAUAGGGCAAUAUCAGCAUUCACAAUGGCGGGAGAACAACAGCAGUUUUUUCUUAAAUGGAACGACUUCCAAUCGAACAUGGUGUCGUCGUUCAAACACCUGCGAGAUGAAAAAAGUUUCACGGAUGUGACAUUGGCUUGCGAUGGUCAAACUUGCAAAGCGCAUAAAAUGGUCUUGUCCGCCUGUAGUCCUUACUUCAAAUCCUUAUUAGAGGAAAAUCCGUCCAAACAUCCUAUUAUAAUUCUAAAGGAUGUCGCAUACAGCCAUUUGCAAGCCAUUCUAGAAUUCAUGUACGCAGGUGAAGUGAAUGUUUCACAAGAUCAGUUACCAGCGUUUCUCAAAACAGCAGACCGGCUUAAAGUUAAAGGACUAGCUGAAGCUCCUGGUGCCAUUAAGAGAGAAGGUUAAAGAUACGCACGUAAUUAUGGUCUUUGAAAAGCUGGACUGAAAA